GUGUCUUGUGGUCUAAGCCUCUUACUGUCGCUUUUGCGAGCUUGGCCCGUGUGCCAAGCUGGGUUUAGAGACUUUGACUCUGGCUGCGCCACCCGCAGAAGCUGAAAGAAGCUGUAGUGGUCAGUGAAUUCGCCCACCCUUUUAAAAGGGAGGCUCUGUCCUUUGCUCCUCGGGUCAACUAGUGCUUUGAGGCGGGACUUGGUGUUGGGGAUGCUCCUUAAUCAUCCAAAUGGAACGCCUCCCUCAGUUCCUCAAGUUGUGUUAUUUGUUGGCACAGAAAAAAAAAUGAUAUUAAGAUUUAAAUAUGAAUGAAUUCCUCUGUACCUGCAUGAGACCUUUCAUGAAAAGGUGGUUUGCAUUAUUUCCAGGAAUCACCGAAGGCAAACUGGUGCUUUCUAACAGGUGUCACCUCAGAGAUCUUCCUGUAUACAUCUAAAUGGUGGAAAGACUAUCUCCCAGUUGGACAGAGGAUGCCUGGGACUCGAUUCAUUGCUUUCAAAGUUCCUUUGCAAAAGAGUUUUGAAGCGAAACUUGCUCCAGAAGAACGCUUUUCUCCUCUGGAUCUUUUUAACAAAAUCCGAGAACAAAAUGAAGAGCUUGGACUGAUUAUUGAUUUAACAUAUACUCAGCGCUAUUAUAAGUCAGAGGAUUUGCCAGAAACUAUUCCUUACUUAAAAAUUUUUACAGUUGGGCAUCAAGUGCCUGAUAACAACACUAUUUUUAAAUUCAAAUGUGCUGUUAGUGGAUUUUUGAAAGAAAAUAAAGACAAUGACAAACUUAUUGGUGUCCACUGUACACAUGGCUUAAACCGGACUGGUUACCUCAUCUGCAGAUAUUUGAUUGAUGUAGAAGGCAUGAGGCCAGAUGAUGCAAUUGAAUUAUUCAAUAGGUGCCGGGGACAUUGCAUAGAAAGACAAAACUACAUUGAAGACCUUCAGAAUGGUCCUGUCAGAAAGAAUUGGAAUUCUGGUGUAUCCAGGUCAAGCGAUUUUGAAGACUCAGCACAUCUCAUGGAACCAGGGCACACCUCUAACAAGUCUAGUAACCAAGGAUCUAGGUAUAACUUACAUCGGACCUAUGGUUAUCCAGUGCCUUCCCGGCGUUUUCACACCCAGUCCCCACACUUGCAGCAGCCAUUCAGAAAAUUUUCACAAAAUCAGAAUGUUUACCAGAGAAGCCAUAUCCCUCCUCCUGGCCCUGCUGGAGAGGACUAUUCACAAAGGAGAUACUUUUGGAAUGUGAAGCCAAAUGGCAGUCAAGCAGUCCAGGAUAAGAGGUGGUAUCCUGGCAGUUAUCAGAGACUGUCCUAUCCGACCUACUGGGGAUGGACCGAGUGAUACAAAACCUGUCCUGGAUAUCUCCCUGGAGACCAGAGCUGCGCUGAAGAUAACUGGAGUGACUUAAUAAAAUCAGAGAUACAAAAAGUCCUUCUUGCUACAAGCCUACUCUUAUAGAAUUGUUCCCCAGGAUACAUCCUGAAGGCUCACAUUGGAAGAAAUUGGAGCAAGACAACUGUAAGGCAAAGCAGAAUCAGCAGGGGUAGGUAUGGGAAUCCAGCUAGUCUCAUAGUUGUGAAAAAGGCCUUGGCAAGCAGCUUCAAAGGAAAACACUCCCAGUAGAAAGGGCCAUCAUAUAAGCUUUGCCUCCUUCAAAAAUGUUUAUUUAUCAUCCCUUUUGUAUUCUCCCUUAUUUUAACUAUCAGCAUGGCUUGUUUUUAAAAAAAAAAAAAAAAAAAAACUAAUUAGGAUUUGAUUAUCUCCUGUUUCAUUUAUUCUGUAACACAUUGGUUCUUGUUUCUGCUCAUACCAUUGAAAGGCUUCUGGCUAAAAGGACCAGCAGCCCCCUUUUAAAAAGGGCUUUCGUAGUCUGUUCAGGCUUUUAAAAUUUAUGUUUUUAUUUAAAAAGCACAUUUUAAAACUCAGAUAGUUCUACUGAGAUUACCAUGAAAAAGAACAGUCCUCUGCCCUGCCCCAAUAUUCUUUUCUCAGAAGCAACCACCUUAAGUAUUUACAUGUUAUCAUCUGGUAUUUGGCUCUAUUAUUUAAAUAAUAUGACUAUAGCCACUUCUUGAUUUUUCAAUUUGUGAUACUAUGGUAGAUGAGGAGAAUGCUUUUGCAGACCUUCUACCCAUUCCACGCAUAAAACUUGUGGUUAAAUCUGUUCUAAAUUCAUGUUACUAGGUAAAUAUUAUUCCAUGAGCCAUAAGGUACCAUAGUUACGUUUCUUAUAAUCCCCUUUUUCCUGUCAUUUUUGCUUCAUUUUUUGCCUCUUUUCCUCUGGACCUAUCACUAGUUCGUACUGCAAAUUUCUAAUAGCAUUAUAAAAUAUCUCAACAUGGGUAAAUUCAUCAGAUUCUUUUUCGUUUGAAAUCUUCCCUGGAGUCCUCUUGGUCUGUUUCAGGUUAGGUUCUGUGUUUGUUUUCUAGAGCUACCAUAACAAAAUACUACAGACUGGGUAGCUUAAAUUAUAGAAAUGUAUUUGCUAAUAGUUCUGGAAACUAGAAAAGAUAAAGAUGUCAGCAGGGUUGAUUUCUUUGAGGCUUUUCUUAUCAUUUUGUGGAUGACUGGUUCUACCUGUGUCUUUGCAUGGCCUUUCUUUUGUGUUUGUCAGUGCCCUAAUCUCUCUCUCUCCAGUGGUUUUUUAUUGGUUUGGUUUGGUUUUUGGGUGGUUAUAGGGAUUGAAUCCAGGUCCUCACUUACUAGGGAGAUGCUGUACCUCUGAGCUACAUCAUCAGCCCUUUCCUCUUAAAAGGAUAUCAGUCAUGUUGGAUGAGGUCCCAUCCUAGCACCUCACUUGAAUUUACUUACCUGGUUAAAAGCUCUGUCUCCCAACUACAGUCACAUCUCCAGAUGUUGAUAGUUAGAACUUCAACAUAGGAAUUUGGGGGGAACACAACUCUGUCCGUGACAACUCUGUCUCUUGACCUAGGCAUAGCUCCGUCCCCGGAAUUCCACUUCAUCUUUACCCUGUUUAUUUCUUAGGCCUCUCUUGGGUCUCCUGGAUCCUGUAGCCGCUGCUUUCAUGGCUUCCUUCCCUAUUUGGUGGAUUAUAUCCUUCAGUAGUCAAUGGGAUGUAAUUUUUUUAAAUAUUUUUUUUUAGUUGUAGAUGGACACAAUACUUUUAUUUGUUUAUUUUUAUGUAGUGCCAGGGGUAUAACCCAGUGCCUCACGCAUGCUAGGCAAGCACUCGACCACUGAGCCCCAACCCUGGCCCCCAGGAUGUAAAUUUUUUGAAAUUCUUUAGUGACAAAUUGAUUUAUUUUUUUCUUCAUUAAUAAUUGAAUUUGCUAUAAAAUUGCAGGUGGACACUUUUAAAUGCAUGUAUACAUUGUUCUGCAUGUCAUUGUUACUGUUGAAUCCUGUAACUAUUCUGAUUCUGGAGCUUUUAUUUUUUUUUCUUGAAGCUUUAAGGUCUUUAUUUCAGGUAUUUUAAAAUACAUAAUACUAUAUUUAGUGAGCCUUUCAAUCUGGCAAGUUAUGAGAAAUUUUCAUUUUUACGCUCUUCUGGGGGAACAUCUAGUUGAAUGUUGGAUUUUCUGAAAUGUACCUCUAAGUUAAUUGUAUAUUUUUUUCUCCUAUUUUCUAUUUUUAAGCCCUUUGCUUUUUUAAAAAAUCUGCUGUUUUCUAAACACACACUUGUGUGUAUGUAAUUAUAUAUUUUUUAGGGUAUUUUUUUAUAUGUGUAUAAUUUUAAAGAGAUGGGGUCUAUGUUGCCCAGGCUGGCCCUGAAUUACCAGGCUCAAGCAAUCCUUUGCCUCAGCCUCCUGAGUAGCCAAGACUUUGGGCUUAUUCUACUACCACCUCUAAUACUUAUUUCUAAGAACUAGCUCUUUUUUUUUAAUGAAUGUAUUAUCUUUUAUCUCUUUAAUGAUACCUGUUUUUAAAGUUCCUUUUGAUCUCCCCAUCAACUUUCUUUUUUUCCCUUGUUUGUGCCUCUGUUUCUCAUGUUAGAGGUGUUCUUGAAAUACCUGGUAACCCUAUUUAUUGGCCCUGUCUGUAUUUAUAAGAUUGGGGCAUUGAAACUGAUGGAAGCUCUGUUUUCUCAUAGUAAUAAGGCGAUUGGUCACUUUGUUUUCUGUUUACUUUCCCACUGCUGCACACAUUUAGGUUUUAUUUUUUUCCAUUUUGAUAGUAUCAUCUUUGAAAAUCUUAUUGCCAUCUGUCAUCUAUAUUCAUCAUCUAUCCCAUUUUUGGGGGAAUUUUUAUCUUUAAAUAUACCUUUACUGUUAUUUGGUGGGGUUUGAGUAGGGGCUAGAGAUAGCUAUGAGACCCAGCAUAAUGAGAAUUUAAUUACCAAAUAAAUUGCUGUAAGGGUUUAUCCUCAGUUUGGUAAGCUUGAGUUUUUAAAAAAAAAAAAUUAGUACAUUGUGUCCCAGGAGUGCAGGCCAUUGAGUUAUGAUUUGGAGCCACAAACAUUCCUACUAUGGAAGGAGGCCCCAUCUAGGAUCCUAUCUAAACCUUCUUUCCAGUGAAAUUGCAAUAACUGUCCCAGAAUUAUGUCCUGAAAAUAGUUCAGUCAUGUUAUUCUCCUCUUGGAAAUCUUGAAUGGCUUAUGGGCUUCAGAUUCCAUUUUUAGCUCCUUGUCAAGGCUUUCUUUAUCUGACUGCAAGCUGACUUCUCAAAGCCUUUUACUAUGUUCCACUCCAUGUCUGUGUGCCAGCCAUUUCAUGGUACAUUGCGCCAUACACAUUUAUGCCACCAUGUGCUUAUUCUUCCAGGUUGUUCCCUUGGCUGUAGUCUCUGCCCUGUGGUUGCUGUGAGCCAGUCCCUCUCAUUGUAUAAGCUACAUCUCUAUAAAGUCUUUUCUCCCAUCCCUGCCCACUAAGGGAAAGAUGCCUUUUUCAACAACUAACCUUGUCAUUUUAUUUAUGUCUUGUGCUAUAUGAAAUACAGGUUCUAGGGCACCAUCUCAGGCUUCCUCAACCCCUUCCUUCUCUGAAAGCACCGUCUGCCUCUGGGUCCACAUUCCCCUUUUUAAAAAACCUUUGAUACCAAAUCUUAUUGAGAUCCCCAAGUUAACUAGAAUCCAAGUUAGCUCUGGGCCUGCAAGGUCCUUCCAGCCCUGCACCUUGUAUACUCUCUUCACAGAUAUGGCCCUACUUUAGAGGAAAUGCUAUACAAUAGCUUUCUGGGCUGCCACUGAAGGGUGAGGUAAUGAUCCAGAAGUGUGGAGGAGUCUGCUCCCUCUAGGGGUUCUUGAUGAAUGAAGUGUUGAGGACCAGAGGGAGUCUGCCCCUUCUUUUCCCUGCUGAACACUACUCUCAACCAUGUUUCUGAGCCUUCCAGAGAAGGUCCGGCUUACUGAGUGAAUACACAUGCCAGACAUCCUGCACGUCUUUCUGGCUCAUUGUAAAGCAACGUUGCAUCACAUUGCUUAGCAUUGCUUCUUGCUUCGCUUACCCUUUCUUCACCCUUACUUCUCUGUUUUUAAAUACUGCAAAUAAAAUACCAGUGAUUUAAUCCUUGCCUCAGUUUUUAAAUACUGCAAAUAAAAUACCAGUGAUUUAA